GACACGUGUACCGGAAAAACAAGUCUUCGAUGGGUUCGGUUUUCCGUGUGAAGCGAUUUAGUAAAUAUAAUCUAAUAACCGUCGAUAUUAUAGUAGACUAGACAUUACUAUCUCCGCUGGCAGUGUAGGUAGACAGAUAGGGGUUUCUGGUUAGUUAGUGAGUCGCUGAGGUUACUGGUGAGGUGGCUCACGUUAGUGACUAACUUAUAGUUACCAUGGACGACUUGUUUGUCAAACCAGGUAACCAGGAGCGAGGAUGGAACGACCCUCCUCAGUUCUCCUACGGCCUUCAGGUGGCCGGCUCCACGCGGAGCCCCCUGACUAAGAGAGGACCACCCCCCCCAGCAGCUGGUCUUCAGGCUCCUCCCCCAUGUGGAGAUCCCUCACCUGACCAACAGGCCACGUCCCCACACCUGCAUGGGAUAACCCCGCCCCCACACACGAUGACCACGCCCCCACACCGGAUAACCCCGCCCCCAUCCGGUGUAACUCCGCCACCGAGUCAAGCUACCUCCUCCCCAUGUGGGAGUCGACUUCCACCUCCACCCAAAGGUGGUCCGUGUCCGAUGUCCCGGCCCCCCUCAGGGCCCGACAGCAAGGCCCCGUGUGGCCCCCGGGCGGAGCCGGACCCCCAGCCGGAGCCCGACCUCCAGGCAGUGAGCUCUGUCCUCGCUGAGGCCCUGGAGGCCUGUCGUCAGAACGUCUCCAGGCAGGUGUGUGAAGACAUCGCUAAGCGUCUGCGGCUCCUGGAGGACAGCUGGACGUCUGGACGUCUGUCCUCUACGGUCAAGAGACGCAUGAACGCACUGACGCUAGAAAUGAGGAGCUCUCAUUGGAGCGCGGCUGACGAUAUCCACCGCUCCCUCAUGGUGGACCAUGUGACAGAAGUCAGCCAAUGGAUGGUCGGCAUCAAGCGCCUCAUCGCAGAGACACGGAACCUGAGCCCAGAGCUGCUGACCUUCAGCCCCGCGGAUCCGGUCCAGCCUGAACCUGUUGGGAACUGACCCUUAAACCAUCUGGUCCACACUAGUCCAGUCGUAUCCAGUCUAGACUAGGUUGGUCCAGAAUCCAGACUAAUCUAGUCUCGUCUAGUCUACAGACAGUCGAGUUCAGUCUAAGCGAGACUCGUCCAGUAAAGACCAGUCUAGUCCAGACUCCAGACAUAGGUUAGACAUCUAGCCUAGACUGUCCACUCUAGUCCAGAUGAGUCUAGGGUGGACCAGUCUAGUCCAGUCCGGUUUAGACUAGACCAGUCAAGACUCAAGACCGACUGCUCCAGUAUGGUCUAGACUGGUCCGGACUGGUCCAGUCUAGACCAGACUCCAGACAGACUGCUCCACUCUGGUCUUGGUUUAGUGGCAGGCACCUCUCUAGACUGGCCCAGUCAAGUGCAGUCUAGUCUUGACUGCUCCAGUCUGGUCCGGACUGGUCCAGUCUGGUCUGGACUAUCUAGUCUCGUUUAUUUAGGCAAGUGUAACCUGAUUGACUGAUGCUGGAGAUAUAUUUUAAUUAAAUAAAGCAGUAUCACUUGAAAACAAUGUUUAAUUUUACCACCCACACACACACACACACACACACACACCAGGGUUUACCAUCAGCAACUGAUUUCAUGGGAUGCUGCUAUUGGUAGCUUUCAGCAUGUACUACAGCUAGAGAUGGAUCAUUUCGCUUAAAACAAUUAUCAAUACAUGAAUAAAUCAUUUUAA